AUGCCCUCUCGACACAUCGUAACACUCCUUGCUCCGGCUUGGGGCCAUGCGCUGCCUUACAUCCAUCUUACGACCCGAAUGCUGGCCUCUGAUCCGGACCUGGUCGUGACGAUCGUUCAGCACAACAACUUUGUGCACAGGAUGUUGGACGAGCUGGACACAUGUUCCUAUGAUACCACUAGAUUGAAGAUUGAGGGUGUAGGAGAUGCCAACCUCCAACUUUCGGCGGCGACCCUCGAAAAGUGUUUUGGGGAACUCACAGCUGGAUGGCUGGAGAUCCUUGCGAAGGCACUCGGCAGGGGAUCCACCUGGCCCCGGCCCAAGACCCUGCAUAUGGAUUUCUUCGGAGGAUUUGUCAUCAAGGAAACGAAGACAUUGAUAGGACCCGAAGGAAAGGUCCUGCUCUGGUGCUCCACUGGUAUCACGACCUGCCUGGACCAGUGCAGCAAAUUCAACUACGCCAAAAUCGCCCACGAGAUAUACGCUGACGAGAGCAGACGACAGGGAAGAACGGUGGAGCAAGUUCUUGACGAUGUCGCAUGCGCCGCAAAUGGCAGCGACAAAUUCGACGGGCGUGUUCUCGAACUGCCCGGUGGGGUGAAGAUAUAUGAUCAUGAGCACACGGCGCAGGGCGCUGGGUCAUCGGGCCAGUUCAAUUUUGUCUGGGAGGCUGCACAGGAGCUGGCUGAGGUGGUAGACGGUUUCAUCAGCCCCAGUAGCAUCCCUCUAGAGCCAGUGACAGCUCCCUUCUGUCGCGAGUACUACAAAAAUCACGGACAGGAAGUGUUCCUCGUCGGCCCUCAGAUGCACGAUGACGAAUGGGAAGCGCCAUCAGCAGGCUCUGGUCCCAGCGAUGAGAGACUGAAAACAUUCUUGAAUGAUGCGCGCAAGACACACGGGCCAAAAUCUGUCUUGUACAUCUCUUUUGGUUCUUGGUACUUCCCCUUGAUGACACCUCAUCUGGUCGAGGCGAUGAUCGACGUGCUGCUCAGUCUCGACGUUACGAUCCCUUUCGUAUUUGUACUCGGUGGAGCGAUGGCUUCUUUGCCAAAAGAGACCAUCGAUCGUAUUCACGCCAGCGGCCGGGGAAUUGUAUGUGCUCACUGGGUCGAUCAAAAAGCCAUUUUGAAGAGUGGCACAAUCGGCUGGUUUUUAACGCACGGCGGCUACAACUCGUUAACUGAGGGGCUGAGUCAAGCCACCCCGCUCAUUUUCUGGCCAGUGGGAGCGGAGCAAGCUCUUAAUGCAGCGAUGCUUUCGACAGGCCCCCGUCCCAUCGGAAUCGAACUGUUCCAGAUUCGCGCUGGUGCUCAACUGGGUCCUUCUCUACGUCCUGAAGCACCCAAAAUCACAGGAGCAGUCGAGGAUGCAAAGACUGAGUUCCAGCAAACAUUCAACGAUCUCAAAGGACCAAGAGGAGAAAUCCUGACACAAAACGCUACCCGCAUCGCGGAACUGUGGCGCGAGGAAAGAAUUCGGGGGGAUACUGUGCACGAGAUCGUCAGGUUGACGAGAUUCUGACAACACGAGAGGAGAGAUUCGCAUCCCAUUCUACAUAGAUAUGAA